CACUGCGGGUCACGUAAGGGAAGGUGUGUGUGUUUCGGUGCCAAGGGCACACCUGUCGGGCGGUGCCUCGGAAGAAGCGUCACCCACGUCUCUCGACCGUCGCCCGGCUGGGCUGAGUGCUCAUCACGAGAUGACUCUCCAGGCAAUGGGAGGCUCGUAAUGUAACAUGGCAGUUGUUAACUAUUCCAUUACAGUGUUAGACGGAGUGUUUUUUAACUGCUCUGAAGCUCAGCUUACCCGCUGUUUGAAUUCAAACGACAACAUUUUCACGCAGCCAGGAGUAUACCGGCGUUCACGAAAGUGGUCUCGUUGACUUGUUGGAAGCUUACGCGUUUUGUUCUUGAUUUUUUUCUUCUUCUUCUAAUAUCUUGAGGUUUAUCAUGGCUCUGUCCCAGAUUCAGUGCCUAGACGACAACAACGUGAACCUGCGGACUAACGAGUCCAAACCGGAAUUCUUUUAUAGCGAGGACCAGAGACUCGCACUGGAGGUUCUGCUCCGCGAAGGUCGCGAAGCCUUCGCGAAGUUCCUGGAUGAACGCCACAUGCGGAGCUUCCUUUCGGACCUGGAGCAGGAAACUCUCACUAAGACGCUGGAGCCUUAUGACCCCGGCUCGGAGCUCUUCCCGGAGGAUGCCGAAGAAAACGAGCCGCCGCUGUCGCUGCACUACUGGCCGGAGUUGUCGGACAUGUCCAUCCCGCAGAUGGACUUGGGGUGGCCGUACACUGACUCCUACCGCGGGGUGACGCGCACCACAGUGUACACGCAACCGCCGCUGGAGGGUCAGACCCACAUCAAGGAAAUUGUCAGACGAAUGAUCGCACAGGCGCAAAAGGUCAUUGCUGUUGUAAUGGAUGUCUUCACCGAUGUUGACAUCUUCAGAGAUUUGAUUGAUGCUGGUUUUAGGAGAAAGGUUUCUGUCUACAUCCUGUUGGAAAGCACAACAUUACCUCAUUUCCUGUCCAUGUGUCAGAGGGCCAACAUGCAUGCAGGACACCUCAAGAACCUUCGGGUACGCUGCACAGAGGGAACAGAGUUCUACACUCGUUCCUGCACCAAAGUGAAAGGUCGACUGGGACACAGAUUCAUGUUGAUCGAUGGAGACAAAGCUGUAUCCGGGUCAUUCAGUUUCACCUGGAUGUCCUCACGACUGGACAAAAAUAUUGUCACCGUGGUUACAGGCCAGGCAGUGGAGGUCUUUGAUGAUCUCUUUCGCCACCUUUACGUGAGCUCAAGAUUUGUUGAUCUCCAGCAAGUCACCACAGAGCCUGAGCCUGAGCGUGAGCCUCUCCCACAACUGCCCCCUGUAGCCCUUCCUUCCACCACUAUAACAAGGAAAUUGUACAACCCUAAGUAUGCCUUACUUAUUGGAGAAAGUGCUAGACCGUCUGCUGACCAAGAGAGCCCCAAAGAGUCUCAGACACCAGAAGUCCCAGAUACUAAGAAGAGAAGGCGAGGAAGAGGAAGUAAAGAACCUGUACAAGAAGAUGAUUCUAUCCAUCCUGGACUUAUCAAUCUAGAGAAGGCAUACUUGAUUCCUUACUUGCCCACCUGGCCAGAGCCUGACCCCCCAAGUGAUGUAAUUGGUUUUAUAAACAUCAGGGAUGCGAGUAAACCCACUCAAAUGCAUUUGCAACGCUCCGAGAGGUUUGAAACAAGUCAAGCCAUUCGGUUUAGAAAUCCUUUGACCAUGUCCACGGAACUCAUUCCAGAGGUUGCUAAACCCAGAGAGGCCACUUCUAAAAUUGAGAAGAUAAAUCCUCCACCAUCACAAGAUUGGAUCAAAGCUAAAGAGUCAAUAUAUGACAGGUUGCAGCACAUGGAAUCCACCAGUACAAAAGUUGAGAAACUUGAACUCCACUCAGCUGCAACUCGACCUGUCAAUGAUGCUACUAAUGUACGUAACACUGAGCAGAGGAUACACUCAGUUGCAUUAACCAGUCAAGAUGAAGGUCAAGCACUGAAACACACAUCUCCCCUGUCCAGCAACAUUGAACAUAAAAAAGCUCCCAGUAAAAUAGAGCACCCCUCUGAACAAAGGAACAGAGUAGUACCAAAAAUUGGGACUAGUUCAUCUGCUACUACACAAGACACUUACCUGCCAAGCCCCACUGACUCAAACUCAGGAAAAGAACAUACAGGAACUAAAACAACAUCACAACUCAUGCAGGCUAAAGAUGCACAGUCAUAUAACACCUCUCACAGUGCCCCUGAUAGUCACACACUUGACACAUCCCACCCCUCCUCUUCUUCAUCUUCAAGCUCAAAUACUCAAAUCCUGGAACCCCACACUAUCCAUCCAGCUAACAAAGCUAGUAACACCAGGAAUGGCCUAGGCACACCAAAUAUUAGCACUCUUAAGAGGUUGAACAGUCUGACCAGAGAGAAAGUAGCCAUUCACAAGCCCAUUGGAGAAAACAAGCCACAGACUAUCCCUAAAAUGCGUGAAAAUAGCAAUAGAAAAAUUGGAGUGCAUAGAGAUAACAGAAAGAGUGACUCCAUCCAGAACAGUCAACAACAUAAACAAAGAGAAACCUCUACAGAAAGUCAGAAUAUAAAAACAGUUGGACUACAGGAUGGUAAGGGAGGAACCCCAGAGGUCUCUGGGGAAAAAGAAAUAAUCCAGUCAUCCUUGGCCACUUUAGCACCGAAUAGAGACAAUGUAAAUAUUUCAGAUGAAGUAAAAACUGUGAGGCCAUUAGUCUGUGACGGAAAUUCAAAGCCACAGGAAAACCUUGUAGAGACUGAAAGCAAGGCUAUAUCAAGAAAGCUCACUGAUCCUAAAUCUACAAAAAUCCUAAAUAAAACUGAAUCUGAGAAGAAAACGUACCAUGUAAAAGAAAACAAACCACAAAGAAUAUCUUACAGUCAAAGUUCCCCAUUGACUAUGUGGGAGCGAAUUCAGGCUGCGAUGAAAGAGCCUUCCACAGAUGACAUGGAUGUCACAUCAAAACAACUUUGUGGUAAUACCCAAAAUUCAACAAAGAACAACACCAGAAGAGUCGUCGAAGAAAAUCCAAAAUCGCCAAAAGAACAAGCGCACUCUCAAACACCAGAGAAAGCCUUUCAAUCAGCAGAGAGAGAAUUGCUUUCAACUACUUCUGUCAGACGCACUUCUGAUGGUUUCCUUGCACGUACACCUACCCCAGACUCACCUGUACUCACUCCAGACUUUCAAACCCCUACGUCAGACAUGAGUGACGGGCAUCGCUCGAGAGAUGACUCCAGUCGCUCCUCAGCAUCAGAGGAGUAUUUUGAAUGCAGCGGCUCGCCAAACAAUGAGCAUGUGUUUGAAGGAGCAUUACACUGUCGUCACAGUACAGCUGGUUAUCGUGAUCCUAAAGAUACACAAAAAAGAAACCCUAAUGCGGGUGCCACCAAACCUUUAUUGAAAGACUAUAGUGCAUAUGUUGCUUUGUUCGACAAAGACAAAAACAAGCAUACCUCGAGCAAGGAAACGCAGGGUCUUGAGAAGAAAGUGAAAACAGGGGAUAAGGAGGAUGUGAAAACUAAAGACAGUGGCAUCAAAAACACAUUAAACCAAGAUUUGAAAGGGAAGGAGGGGCGAAAGGGUGAGGAAUCAAAGACACCAGCCUCACUGAAGACCCUUGAGAAAGAAAACGAGACCCAAUUUCAAGCUCUCACGAGAAAGUCACAAACUCAGAGGGCAGCAGGAUCCAGCAAUGGGAAGAACAGAGAUGGGUCAGCCAGAGAGGUUGGUGGUCAGAAGCUUAAUGUCACAUCAACACCCUCCCGUCCCGUCUCAGCCUCAGUGACCAAAACAGAAAAGAAAGCAGCUUAGCAGCACUUCACAGGUCUUUGACUGUUAAUCAUCUUUUUGCAAAGAACCUUUGGGACAACGGCCUUCAUAAGAAGCUGUAGAAAAAGACAAUAUUUACCAGGAUUCUCAGCGAGAGAACGUCAUGCCAAGAGCUGGACAGUUGCAGCACCAACAUUUUCCUCUGAAGCUACAACUUUCCUCCAUUCUCAACUGAACCUCAUCCUCAUUCCCAGAACGACAUCUCAGCACAGGUACUGAGCAGGAACAACUAAGUUCAAUUCUAUGUCACCUAUGGCAAGUUGGACAACUACAAAUGCUCCCAUAACUGCAGAGUGACAUCCACUCAUUCAUUCAUCUUCUCUACUGCUUGUCAUUAGAACCGCAGGUAACUGGAGCCUAUCUCAGCAGAAUUUGAACGAGCACCGAGAUACACCUUAGAAAGGUAGCAAGGCACUUAUAGACAACAUUCAUACUCAUAAUCACAACUACGUGUAAUUCAAUUGUCCAAGUAUAGGUAUGUGGGAGGAUACUGGGAACCACUGCCAACUUGCUUUCUGCGGAAUGGCAAUGUUUUCAUUUUAAUUUUUAUUGGAAAAACUAACAUAGGACACAUUUUAAUACAGCUUUUCCAUUAUUUGACCACAAGGGAAGACUAACUGACACAUUUAAUAAUUAGAUGAACUUCCACAUGGACUGUCACUUGACAUGCUUUUCCUCACACUGUCUGACUGGUUAAGCCAGACAGUUCAGCAAGAUGACGACACACCUAAGGCCCGCCGCACACUGUGUGAUGUGGUCGAACCCGAUUGGAAUGGGCCAUUGCAGAAAAAAAUGGCAGUUGGGAACUCACCCUCGCACAUUGAGUGAUUGGAUAGAUGGAGACCCUGAACAGUGAGACUGUAUUGGCUUUUGAUGCUGUACAUACAAUAUAUUGUACUUUACCACCUUUAUUAAACCAUUAAAAGAUAGAUUUAUAGUUAAGGAAGAAGUGGGUUUGUCAAGAAAGAGGAAAUGGGUGUGUAUAAAAGUGGCUAUUUUAAAAAACUCCCGCUCCCAUCACAUCAAUCCAGCACGGUACAUACAGCUUGGGUACAUUUUGGUGACAAGCUUUGUCAUUACAUCCACAGGAAAUUAUAAGUUAUAAAAAUAGAAAGUAUUGUUGUAAAACACAAUAUUUUAUACUUUAUAUACUGUAUUUAUACGGCUUGGGGUCAGUUAAAAUUCAUAUUUGCAUUGUUUAUAUAUUAUGCAAUACAUGCACAUAACUUCCAGCAAGUUUUCUAACAUUGUUUAGCUAAAAAUUGGGUUUUUAUGACGCUUAUUGGGUCCUCCCCGAACAUACCGGAAGCUCAAGUGGUUGUGGAAGUGGUUACUCUAUCCACCCCAAGGGCUACCAGAAGUGAUGUUGCAAUUGAUAAACAGCGCACUACACACUAUACGUAAGCAACGUGUUGGAAUAUGUGGAGGAGGAGGAUUUCGACGUACAGGAGCAUCCAACUUAACUUGGCAUCGCCAAAACGUACAUGUUUGAGCCAAUCAGACAGUGAUGACGACGAGCAGCCAAGUAGCAGCUGUACAACAGAAAGAGAGUGGCCACUGGCUCGAUGUGACCGUAUGUCAAAAGUAUGUCUUUUUAUACACUCAUGGCAUGAAAUAAUGCCACCCCAGGGGUGCCAAUAUUUUCUAGCACGACUAUACGUAUUCUAUAUUCAUAUAUGUUUCAGUGGCACGGCAAAAACUUUUACAUAUGAUGCAGUAUUCCUAUAUAUUGUGUGCCCCUCGCUUGAGCAACGUUAUAACAGGCCGCACACAAAUUCUUUGCCGUGUGUCUGUUGGCUUGUUAUAUAGGCAAAAGUACAGAUGGCAGUGUGGGUCUUUUUUUCCUACACCCCAGUGCAUAGUAACCAUAAUAGAGUCGUUUGGUAUAUGCAAGGAAAUGCUCAACUCUUGUCUGCGCCUCUUCGCUGCUGCAUCGUGGUGGCUACGAGAUUUAGUUUUCUUGCUGGCGGUGGAGGUCCCGAUGGCCGUGGGAACAAUAGUUGUCACCACAGCUGGUUUCAGCAUCUACCCAACUACACCUGUGUAUCCAAUGCUUUCGCAAAACACGCCGGUUCGAAGUGAUCGGCACAGAGUUUGGAAUGCUUGCUAGGCAACCAUAGCUGACCACGUUUCUUCCCGUCAAGUAACUUUCACUAUCCACUCGUCACGUAUUCCUUCUUCACUUGGAAAGCCAGAAAAUAAUAAUCUCUUGCCGCUGCCUGAACCAUUUGUACAACCAAAUUCCACACAAUAAACCAUCGUGAUAUCGUUAAUCAUAUGACAACAUAUAUACAAGGAUGGGAACAACAGCAUGGAACAAUAGCACACAACACCGAAUGAACAGGAUGUUUGGCUUGUGUGACGUCACAGCGCCGGAAAGAGACGAAGACCGGAAGGCAUGGGAGACAAAAAGCAGAAGGCACAUUCUGCAUCAUAUUCAACGAUUUAACUGCUGUAUAUCUACCAUAUAAUCGCUUCGAAAUGGAACAUGUGAUUUGUAAAGGGGUUCUAGAGUUAUCAAGAAAAAAAAUUAAAUCUUUGUCCUCUGAACUUUAAAACCCAGAAAUAUGUUUUUGGUGUGAGUGAAAGGGUUUUGAUUGGCUGUAAUCUUUGACGUUGCGACGCUGUGCACCGGCUAUUUAAAUUUUGAAUCCUGGCAUUACCAGGGGCCGAUUGAUCCGCCACUCAUGAAAGUAGUUGCCGAACCCCUCACACUGUGUGACAGUCAGGUUCAGCCACGUCCCUUAGUGUGCGGCAACCUUAAGAGUCAUUUUCAGUUGCUCCAGAACUAGUCAGAACUAGUCAGUGACUUAUUCUUUCGUUUCCAGACCUGCUUCUGCCCUGGCAUGCUUUAACUCAUUUUCACUCUCUUAUUGCUGUAUCACAAACACAUUUGCAAAUGACACAGCUAAUGUAAAAGUACUCCAUUACACUAAUUAAUUCAAUUAAGAUUUGUGCGCAUUGGGAUUCACUCACGUCAAUAACACAUCGCUUCAUCCUGUUAGCUGCUCAUUAUAUUGCUGAUGUUGUUGCCCCACCACGCGCAUACUACGUUUCAGAAAACAAAGAGCAUGCUAUAGAUAAGCUUAGGGUAGAAAUUUAUGCAUUAAUUAGUGGACCAAGGUUCAUAUCGAUAGUUCAAUGAUACCCAUAUUCUUGUGAGGCGCGAAGAGUGUAAGAUUUUUGAGUGGAUUUGAAUCCAAGCAGGAGCAACACAACAAACAGUGCACUGGAAGGAAAUUUAUAAUAUUUUUUAACAUUAUCUUGAACAUGCAAUUCUACAAACACACUGUAAUAAACACUCAAUGAUAUGCAUAUUCUUCUAUUUUUUUAAUCAUUUUGGUCAAUUUUUUACCGACAGCUUUGUGGCAAGGGCACAUAAUUACAAAGUACAGUGCGAAGUUUAAACUGAACCAUGACCUUAAUUAAAAAGUGCUGGUUUAACUUAAAUGCACGAGUAUAUUGUAACAUGUACAUGUAAUGAGACCUGGGGCCAGGGUGGUGGAAUGUUCAUGUUGAUACCUGAUCUCACAGAUCCUAUAAUUAUAUCCUAUAAUUGUUUUAAUACAACUCAAUUCCAAUGAAGUUGGGACGUUGUUUUAAACAUAAAAACAGAUUACAAUGAUUUGCAAAUUGUGUUCAACCUAUAUUUAAUUGAAUACACUACAAAGACAAGACAUUUAAUGUUCAAACUGAUAAACUUUAUUGUUUUAGAAAAUAAUCAUUAACUUAGAAUUUUAUGGCUGCAACACGUUCCAAAAAACCUGGGACAGGUGGCAAAAAAGACUGAGAAAGUUGAGGAAUACUCAUCAAACACCUGUUAGGAACAUCCCACAGGUGACCAGGCUAAUUGGGAACAGGUGGGUUCCAUGAUUGGGUAUAAAAGGAGCUUCCCUGAAUUGCUCAGUCAUUCACAAGCAAAGAUGGGGCGAGGUUCACCUCUUUGUGAACAAGUGCGUGAGAAAAUAUUCGAACAGUUUAAGGACAAUGUUCCUCAACGUACAAUUGCAAGGAAUUUAGGGAUUUCAUCAUCUAUGGUCCAUUAUAUCAUCAAAAGGUUCAGAGAAUCUGGAGAAAUCACUGCAUGUAAGCGGCAAGGCCGAAAACUAACAUUGAAUGCCCAUGACAUUCAAUCCCUCAGGUGGCACUGCAUCAAAACCCGACAUCAAUGUGUAAAGGAUAUCACCACAUGGGCUCAGGAACACUUUAGAAAACCAAUGUCAGUAAAAACGGUUUGCUGCUACAUCCGUAAGUGCAACUUAAAACUCUACUAUGCAAAGCAAAAGCCAUUUAUCAACAACACCUAGAAACGCUGCCAGCUUCUCUGGGCCCGAGCUCAUCUAAGAUGGAUUGAUGCAAAGUGGAAAAGCGUUCCGACGAGUCCACAUUUCAAAUUGUUUUUGAUUUUUUUUGUUAUUUGUGGACGUCGUGUCCUCCGGGCCAAAGAGGAAAAGAACCAUCCGGACUGUUAUGGACGCAAAGUUCAAAAGCCAGCAUCUGUGAUGGUAUGGGGCUGUGUUAAUGCCAAUGGCAUUGGUAACUUACACAUCUGUAAAGGCACCAUUAAUGCUGAAAGUUACAUAGAGGUUUUGGAGAAACAUAUGCUGUCAUCCAAGCAACGUCUUUUUCAUGGACACCCCUGCUUAUUUCAGCAAGACAAUCCCAAACCACAUUCUGCACGUGUUACAACAGCGUGGCUUCGUAGUAAAAGAGUGCGGGUACUAGGCCUGCCUGCACUCCAGACCUGUCUCCCAUUGAAAAUGUGUGGCGCAUUAUGAAGUGUAAAAUACAACAACGGAGACCCCGGACUGUUGAACAGCUGGAGCUGUACAUCAAGCAAGAAUGGGAAAGAAUUCCACCUACAAAGCUUCAACAAUUAGUGUCCUUAGUUCCCAAACGUUUAUUGAAUGUUGUUAAAAGAAAAGGUGAUGUAACACAGUGGUAAACAUGACCCUGUCCCAGCUUUUUUGGAACGUGUUGCAGCCAUAAAAUUCGAAGUUAAUGAUUAUUUUCUAAAAACAAAGUUUAUGAAUUUGAACAUUAAAUAUCUUGUCUUUGUAGUGUAUUCAAUUAAAUAUAGGUUGAACAUGAUUUGCAAAUCAUUGUAUUCUGUUUUUAUUUAUGUUUAACACAACGUCCCAACUUCAUUGGAAUUGGGGUUGUAAAUUGUUCCGUCAACUUGUGCCCAGCCUCCUGUUCUGUUAUUUUGUCAGUGUUUUUAUCUGAUGCCAUUUAUCUCCCUGCUGAGCAGUGAUAGACAAACCAUACUUACCUUGAUAUAACCUCUACAACAAAGCACAAGUUAAAUUAAAGUAAAUGACAGCAUUUUUUGUGUGUAUCAUUUAUUAGUACAUGUAUUUAAAUGGAUAUGUUGCGAAAAAAGCUGUGAAUGAGUGGCUUAGUUUCUUUAUUAUUGUUAUUAUUUUAAAAAUCCAGGUCAUAAUGUUAUGGGAAUAGGAGUGUCUCAAGGAUUUGGGGCUGCCCUGUCACUCUCACUUUGGGCCCCUUUACAUCACAUCGGCAAAUCGAAAAUACUACUUUCUAGGGCCCCUGUCAGUCAUUGGACCCUCAUGUUUUCAAUCUUACCCUCUCUCAAGGAGAAUUAUGAUGCAAUGUAAAAAUUUGGUUACAUACAGUAUAGAAUUGGAAUUUACCAGGUGCUUCAUAAAGAAUUGCUAUGCGGAAUUAGUUUUUGUAUUUUUGCACAGAAAUACACUCAGCAAGUACAGAUGUUCAUUAUUCCCAGUUCGUCAAUUUUAAGCAUCCAAACCAUAUCACAAAAGGAAUGGGAAUUUUUAGAGUGUUUUGCUCACAAAGCUAGCUACUUAGCUUCCCACUGUCUGAAUGGGGACACGACUGGCUCAAAAACUAAAAUAAUGUGCCAACAGCUACAGUACUGUAUCCAUCCAUCCAUCCAUUUUCUGAGCCGCUUCUCCUCACUAGGGUCGCAGGCGUGCUGGAGCCUAUCCCAGCUGUCAUUGGGCAGGAGGCGGGGUACACCCUGAACUGGUUGCCAGCCAAUCGCAGGGCACAUAGAAACAAACAAACAUUCACACUCACAGUCAUGCCUACGGGAAAUUUAGAGUCUCCAAUUAAUGCAUGUUUUUGGGAUGUGGGAGGAAACCGGAGUGCCCAGAGAAAACCCAUGCAGGCACAGGGAGAACAUGCAAAGUCCACACAGGCGGGGCCGGGGAUUGAACCCAGGUCCUCAAAACUGUGAGGCUGACGCUCUAACCAGUCGCCCACCGUGCUGCCCAGUACUGUAUCAAAACCAGUAAUUCGCUUGGUUUGUUAUCUUAUUCAGGUAUCUUAUUAAAUGCCAUUAUGCUGACAGAAUAAUUGUUACAUUAGUAGCUGUUACUAAUUUAUUUUCAGACAGAAUUACAGAAUCAACCAAUAUUACCAAUAUAAAAGUACACACACACACACACACACACACACAUAUAUAUAUAUAUAUAUACAUACAUACAUACAUACAUACAUACAUAUAUAUAUAUAUAUAUAUAUAUAUAUAUAUAUAUGUGUGUGUGUGUGCGUGUAUGUAUGCAGGGAUCUCGUUUGAUGUGCGUCCUUACUUACAUAUGUGUGUAAGGCUUGAAUUAAGCGGUCUCGCAUCACAGGGUUGAAAUUUGCAUUUUGCGCAUUACAUAACUCUCUCUUUUGAUUUACUUGCUCUUUUUGUGAAAUGCUGCCCUAGUUUUAUUUAGUAAAUGAGAGAACAGUUGUGCUCAUAUGUUUGAUUACCAUGGCAGAAUUUGUAAGAUGUGUACAAUUCUUUAUUACAAUAUACUAAUGUUAUAUCAGCGGCAUGCAAAAACAUCAACGUGACUCAUUUAUCUUGAAAGUUUUGUGGAAAAUAUAUUGUUCUAAAAGAAUUUUGCUAUUGUGGCAGGCGUAAACAUAAAAUAUAUUGAGAGAGCAAGAACAAUGGAUCACAGAAAAUAUUGUACAAACAGUAUAAAAGAUUGAAGAUUAAAGAAUAACAGCUGUAAUAAAAAUCUGCAAUAUAGCAAGACGAUGAAGCAAGAACCGCGAUGCAGCAGAGGAUUACUGUAUCUGUAUUCUGUAUCGUUCCAGAGCUGGGACUCAUUUUUUCCAUGCAUCCCAGGACUCACAUACUCUCAACUGUAAACUGAUCUCUGUGUGUGUAUGUUUUUUUUUAAACUAACAUCAUUAAAGGUACAGGUGCAGGAACAUUGUACUAUAUGUUAGAUUGACAACAGGGCUAUUUUCCAGUUGACACUGAUUGUUCACUUUACAUUUAAAGUAUGUUAAAGGUAUAUGAUAUUCUGUUUCACUGAAUGUUCUGUUACUCUAAUAUUGUUAUUACAUGACGUACAUUAAGUGACUUAAUAAAUCAUGUUAUGGAUUGUUUUCUUUCUUUGUACAAAAUCCUAUUUAUAUUAAAAGUUUUCUUGGCAGAGCGAUAUACCGUAAUUUCUCGUGUAUAAUGCGCACCCAUGAAUAAUGCGCACCCCCAAAGUUGAGCUAAAAAUUCUGGAAAACCCCUCUAUGUAUAAUGCAUUUUUACAAUGCAUUAAUUUUGCUUCUACAUCAUUUUGCUUCUGAUCAAAACAUUAAGUAUUAUCUGUAUUUUGUUAGUUUUUUCAAAUAAUUAUUCUGAAGUUAAGCACUUUAUUUGAACACAUCAUAUUUAUU